CUAAAAGAAGAGAAUGCCAGUUUGAGAAGCAAGAUCAAUAAGCUUCAGAUUUUCUCUGAAACUCAAGCAGACAAGAUGAGGAAGCUUGAAAAAAAACUGGAGGAAAACAAAAUUAAAGAGGAAAAAGAAGCGCAGGAUUUGGAAGCAAUGGUGCAGCACGUGGAACAAAAUCUCCAGCUGAUGACUAAACGGGCUGUCAAAGCGGAAAACAGCGCUUCAAAACUGAAACAGGAAAAUGCUCUACUUCAGGUUCAGCUGAAGAAUUACAAGAUGGAGAACGAAGCCCUGAAGUCUGGCCAGUCGGCGAGUCUGGCCGUGGUGAAGCGAAACGCAGACCUUGCCUUGCAGAACCUCCUCACGGUCAUAACCAACUCCCAGGCUUCCAUCAAGCAGCUGGUCACUGGAGCAGAAUCGCUGCAGCUUGUCGCUGAUCUCCUUAAAUCGAUAGACAGAAUUUCCGAAAUGUCAGAAGAUGGACAGUGA